AUGAGUGCCCUCUCUGCUCAGAGCCCGUCUUAUAAAGGCAUACCGCUCAAGUACAUCUCCCUAUUCACCUUGACGGUACAAAAUUCCGCCCUCAUCCUCAUCAUGCACUACUCCCGCAUCAUGCCAGCCUUCCAAACAAAACGGUACUUUACAUCAACAGCUGUUCUCUCGAACGAAGUGCUCAAAUUGGUGCUAUGUGUGUUUUUGGUUUGGCGCGAACAGAAGCAGCUUUUGGGCAACAAUGUCUCCUUGCAUGUUGCUAUACGCUCAGUCAUCACCAAGGAAGCCUGGAAGCUGACCAUCCCCGCAGCACUCUACACGCUCCAAAACAACCUUCAAUACGUGGCCGUAUCCAACCUCGAUGCAGCUACAUUUCAAGUCACCUACCAGCUCAAAAUUAUCACGACCGCCAUCUUCUCUGUCACCAUGCUCGGACGUCAACUCAGCUUGCGUAAAUGGCUUGCCUUGGUUCUGCUUACUGGCGGUAUCGCCCUGGUACAGCUGCCGACUGCCGACAUGAAUCGUCAAGUUGGUUUGAUUGCCGUUGUCUGCGCAUGCACACUUUCUGGCCUCGCUGGCGUCUACUUUGAGAAAGUCCUCAAGGGUUCUCGCAACUCGCUCUGGAGUCUCAACUUGCAGCUCUCCUUCUUCUCCCUCUUUCCCGCACUGUUCAUCGGCGUGCUCUGGAAGGAUGGUGCGGAAGUCAUGCAACGCGGAUUCUUUUAUGGGUACAACCCAGUUGUAUGGACGGCCAUCAUCUUUCAAGCUGCUGGGGGUCUGAUCGUUGCCAUGUGUGUUGCGUAUGCAGACAACAUUAUGAAGAACUUUGCAACAAGUGUCUCCAUUCUCAUCUCUUGCAUCGCUUCAGUUUGGUUCUUUGACUUUGUCAUCACGAGCAACGUACGAGCUUAA